AUGUUGAAUAGUAACUACCUUGAACACAAUGGCCAGCAAACAGGGAAAUUUCGUCAAUGGGCUGGAGAAGUCAUCUCCGCGAAGGAGAAGACCACCGUUGCCGAAGAGUUCCGUGAACUCCAAAGGGAUAUCGUUUUGCGCAAGGACGGUAUGCAUAGGCUAACUGUGGCUUCGGAAGCAUAUCAUCACUAUUUAUCCAAGAAGAAGGCCAACGAAGCCCUUGGGGAGGCAGAGAAGCUGCUUCCGGUCGAUACACUAGGCAUCAUAAUGAUUCUUCAUGGGGAGGAUUUUGGGGAAGAGUCGCCCUAUGGCGCCUCUCUUGUUAAAUUGGGCAGGGCCCAUUGUAAAGUGGCUACAUUGCAAGAAGCUUUUGCACUAACUUUCAAAGACACGUUCUUGGCAUCAAUAGAGAGGUUUAAAGAGGAGAUCAAGGAAUAUGAGGUUCUCAGGAAGAAACUUGAUAGUCGGAGGCUGAGCUAUGAUGCUGCUGUUUCCAAGCUCGAGAAGGUGUCCAAGCACAAUAGGAAAGAGAAGGAGAAGAGGGAAGCAGAGGAUGAAAUGGACAGAGCCAAACAACGCUAUGAAGAAACCGCAGAAGAUCUCCGUGCGCACAUGCACGCAAUCCAGGAAAACGAGUCUAGCCAACUCAAAGAUCUGGGCUCGUUCCUUGAUCUGGAAAUCAACUUUGUGCAACAAUACUUCGACGUACUCCGGGAGGUGAAAUCUGAAUGGCCAGAAAAGAGCUCUGCUUCAUACCUCCGGACGUCCAGUUCAGUUCGGGAUAUCAAUCCCUCUCUAUCACGAUUGAACCGCCAAUCAGUCAAGGUGUCCCCCGAUUUAUCAUCUGACGAUGAACAAUACGGAAAGCGUCGGCGAUCAGGCUCGACGGCGAGCAAGACGCCAUCCAAUUCCAGGCCCGCAUCUCGGCUGUCAAGAAAGAGGACCAACAGCACCGCCGCGUCGACGAUGAUGACCCCUGACCUUCAGAAGGAUUCCGCCAAGCCCGAGUCCUCUGCAGACAAGGCAAAAGAGAAAAACAGACGGAUGAGUAUGGCUGGGUGGGCGUCGAGUGCCGUUGAGAGUGUCACAACCAGAGGCAAAAAGAGCAAAGACACCGAGGCUUUUUCGGCUUUGGGGGACGACGGCGAACCCUCCACUGGAUCUCUUGGGGAAAGCUCAUCAUUGAAAAAGUCAAGCAGUUUUCGCUCUCUUGGUCUACGACCACAAUCAAGGAACAAAUCGAUUGAGAACGUACCCAGUGUUUCGCCAAAGGUUACCCCACGGAUCUUGAGGCCACCAUCAACGCAGGAGCGAAAGGUGGUGAGGGCGCUGUACGACUUUUCGGGUAGUUCGGACGAGUUGAGCUUCAAAGCUGGGAGCGAGAUUUUGGUGCUCAAUGAAGUUUUGGACGAUUGGUGGCUAGGUGAGCUAGAGGGCAGAAGUGGGUUGUUCCCGACAACCUAUGUCGAGACACUCUCGAUUUCUGCGUCUACACCACAGCGUGCAGCGACAACAACCAGCAAGAAUAGUAAUGGGCUCAGUCUCCUUGUUCCAUCCAGUGCUUUUGGGCCUGGCUCCGGCGGUGAGGAGGAGUACCCUAGCGACAUGGAUGACGAAUUUGGAGUUCAACCAAUGAUGGCCCAGCGGAGCCCAUUUUAUGGUGGCUUUAACGACGCGUUGAGCGUCACGAGUAGCCAGGCUGAAGAGGAAGAACAGCCGCCUCAAUUCGAUAGGCCCCCUCCUGCCCCGCAGCAGACGCAGGCUGCAACUGUGUUGGAGGACGACGAUUACUACGCACCCAAGCCAAAAGCAAAGAGUAUCCUACACUCCCUGGAUACAGCACAGCAACCUCUUAUCAACCGCUCGAUAUCGGAGGCGCCUCCUGACACAACAUCUGGGAGGACUUUGUUCAACGUCACUCAGGCGCCUAGUAUAAAGAAGGCGCCGCCACCACCCCCACCACGGAGACACACGACGAAUGCGGUGUCAUCUGUCGGCCCCCCGAUUCCUGAGCGUCGAUUACCUCCCCCUUUUGCGAGCAAAACAUCAGUAACGACAACUUCAACGCCUGCGUCUUCAAUACUAAGCGGUCAGGGUUACGAUACGUCGCCAUUUGAGAGCGCGUCCGAGGAUUCGGGUUGCGGGAAGUUUAGACAAAAUCCCUUCAAGCCCAAAGGGAUGUGCAGCAAUUGUCUUGAGUUUCACGAUUAA